AUUAUUCAUAAAAAGUUAGACUCCCUUUGAUCAUACGAGACGGAUGAAGUAUUAUAUUCCAAUUCCCGAGGCCUUUAUCCUCUCUUCCUCUUGGAUUUGUACAACCAAGGAGCUGAUAGAUUAAUUUAACUUUUUUUUGUGGGGUAAGAAUAGACUAAUUUAACUAAAUCCAAAGAACAAAGCACCAUUAGUACAUAUUUUAUUCACUAAUGGCACAACUUUACAUAAUAAUCAAAGAUUCCCAUCAAUUUUAAACAAAACCCUGUUGCAUUCACCAUACCAUAUGCACUUUCACCGGUGGGAUUCCAUAUACUAACGACCUUAAGAACGCUGGUUAUUGCACAACCCCACAAACCACCAAGAAAUGGCCGCUCAAACUCACCUGUUUCAUCCACUCCACUCCUUAUCUCUGCCACUGAAAACCCGAUGUAAAUCACCUGACUUUAAACCCAAGCUAAAACCCUCCACAUUCAUCAUCUCCAGCAAGCUCCGGGCAGCGGUGGUAGGAGGAGGUCCAGCUGGAUCCUCUGCAGCUGAAGCACUUGCUGCUGGUGGCAUAGAGACCUUCCUCUUCGAACGCAGCCCCUCUACUGCCAAACCCUGUGGUGGAGCAAUCCCACUUUGUAUGCUAGAUGAGUUCUCCAUCCCUCCUCACCUCAUUGAUCGGAAAGUCACCCGCAUGAAGAUAAUAUCUCCGUCCAAUCUGGCCGUUGAUUUUGGUAAAACUCUGAAGCCCCAUGAGUUCAUCUCCAUGCUCCGCCGAGAAGUGCUUGAUGACUUCCUACGCCGCCGUGCUGAGUCUUGUGGCGCCGCACUUAUCAAAGGACUUGUCACAAAUGUGGAGGUUCCCCUAACAAGCAGCUCUUCAUAUGUUAUUCACUAUAAUAAGAAUAAUUCACAGAAAUCUCUUGCUGUUGAUGUUGUUAUUGGUGCUGAUGGAGCCAACAGUAAGGUGGCUAAGGCCAUAAAAGCAGGAGAUUACACUUGUGCUAUUGCUUUUCAAGAAAGGAUUAAGUUGCCUGAGGAGAAAAUGGAAUAUUAUGAAAAUUUGGCUGAAAUGUAUGUCGGAAAUGAUGUUUCACCUGAUUUUUAUGCGUGGGUUUUCCCCAAGUGCGAUCAUGUGGCAGUGGGAACGGGGACAGUAUGCUCAAAGAAGGAUAUCAAGAUGUUUCAACAUGGCAUAAGAGCAAGAGUUAGGCCAAAAACUCAUGGCGGUCAAGUAAUUAAAGUUGAGGCUCAUCCAAUCCCUGAGCAUCCACGUCCAGUUAGAGUCAGGGGACGAGUGGCUCUGGUGGGGGAUGCAGCAGGAUAUGUGACGAAAUGUUCUGGUGAGGGAAUUUACUUUGCUGCCAAGAGUGGGAGGAUGUGCGGGGAAGCAAUUGUCAAGGCAUCAGAAGGAGGUGAAAGAAUGAUUAGUGAAGAAGAUUUAAAGAGGGAGUAUUUGAAGAAGUGGGAUGAGAUGUAUUUAACUACAUUCAGGUUUUUGGAUUUGUUGCAAAGGGUGUUUUAUGGUAGCAAUGCUGCUAGGGAGGCAUUAGUGGAGUUGUGUGGGGAUGAGUACGUGCAGAGGAUGACAUUUGAGAGCUAUCUGUAUAAGAAGUUGGCCCGGGGGAACGGAUGGGAUGACAUUAAGAUGGUCAUGAAUACAAUUGGGAGUCUAAUUAGGUGUGAUAUUGUAGGCAGAGGGAUUGAAAUGUUUGACAAACGAGUUCUUGCACAGUUGUAGUGUAUCAGGGAACUAGUUAAAUGAAAGAGAAUCAAAUGAAACUUCAUCAGUACUUCCCAGAGAAGUACAGAUCCAGGAAGUUUUAGCUUUAAAUCACCUAAAAACCUUUUGGUAUGAACAAAUGGUUGUGCCAUUACUCUAUUUCAGUUCUUCAUAAAGCAGAUUCAAAUUGUUGUUUCCAAGAAAAUCUUUGCUGCGGUGGUCAAUUUAGCCUUUCAUCAUUGCCUUAAGUAUCAUCCUGUAAAGUAAUGAAUAAUUAAGAACUUGACUACAUUAUUAUAACUUCUGGGUGCAUAAAUACAGCUUUACAGUGGAAAGAAGUGAAACAUUUAAGCAAGCUAUAACUUUUCAGCAAAGCUUCAAGUUGAAUUAACAGUUUCCUACCAUACACACACUAUUUACCUUGAUCCUAACAUUAUAGCCCAGUCGAGCUAAGAGUUUCUUACCCACUUUGUACCUCGAUUCUAACAUUAGCCAGCUCCUGUUUUUGCCUCUACUGAUACCACAAUUUAUUUGUACAACUUAUUCGCUAUAUGCAUAGAGUUCAAGUGUUUCAAGAGAAAAUCAAAUCCCAUUUUCACACCAUUCUGUAUCCAUCCUUUCUUGACCCCUCCGCCCUCCGCCACAACCAAUUUCUUUCUUCAUGUAGUGCACAUUGUGUUUGAAUCUUUUGCGACAAGGUUUUGAAAAUAAAAAAAACCCAAGUGCCUAGUGAUGAAAAAGUAAUUAGAGCAGUAAAAGGGUUAAAGCUUGAUAUAUUUCCACAUAUAAUAGGACCCAAAUAACAACCUAAUAGUUGAAUAGGUGGCUAUGCAGCCACCAAUCAUCCCUCUUGGUUAAAGACAUACAAGCAUAGAGGAUAUAGGCUCUGAUUUAGUAGACGUAGUUUGCAGAACUUGGAGGAAUAUGUGCUUUGCUGCCUGUGUUAUGCAGCAUUUCUGGGACUUAAUUUAGUCAAGGGAGAAGAUUUUGAAAGCAAUGCAAGGCAGAGAUGGAGUUGAGGAUUGAAAAGAAUGAACAGGAGAAGAGCGUGCAUGAAAAACAUAGGCAGGGGGGAGGGGACUAGCCAAGGUAAGCCCCUUAAUUAUGACAGAGAAAAGACAAAUAUGCAAAGAGGAAAUUACAGAAUAUUAAGGAAAAGA